GUAGCACGUUGAGGUUUACCACAAAAUAAAAAUAUUCAACAUGCGUUUUCUGUUAGUUCUGGCCAGUUUGGUGGCCAUCUGCGCCGCGGGUACUUUGCCCAAGCAACAGCGCCAUCCGCUCGAGCAGCGACUGAUUGAGUUUGCCGACGCGAAUGGCGACGUUGAGCUGUUCGCUGAGCCCGAGGAGAGUGUUGAGGUUGCACCCAGCUUUAUUGUGUCGUGGCAGGUGCGUCGCAUGAUCCGCAAGUUGCAGAAGCAGAUGCCAUGCGGCUUCCCUGAAAUGGGUAUUCCCCCAUUGGCUCCACUGCGCAUCACCGAUGCGAAUCUGGACUUGAAGCGCGGCAUCUUUGAGACCCUCAAUCAUGUGUUCCGUUUGAAGGUCGCCGGACUGGAUGACUUCAAGAUCGAGAAGUUUAAGCUCAAUAUCAUUACAUCGAAAAUCACUUUUGAUUUCCUCUUCAAGAACAUCGAUACAACUGCCCAGAAGUACGAGACUGAUACCCUGAUCGAUGCACUGCGUCAAUUGGGUCUAUUUGUGGAAUAUGAGGGUGACGGCUCGUUGCUUUUCGAUGUGAUCAAUCUGCGCGUCAAAGGUGUUCUGAAGUACAAACUGCCCGUGUUGUGGGGCUCUGCCAAAAUCCUUUCACUGAAGACAACCAUCACCAUCGGUGAAGUUAAGUCUGAUAUUACCGGUUUCAUGGGCAAUGGCAAUAUCAAUCAUGCCAUCAAUCGUCAGCUGGAGAAUAUCUUGGUCAAGAGCGUCAAUGAGAACCAGGAGGCCAUCUCCGACACCAUUGAGAAUGCUGUUGUGCCACCCGUCAACAAGAUGCUCAAGGGUAAGGACUUCUGGACCCUGGUCGAUAUGAUUUUGUCCAGCAGCGAUGGCGAGAACGAGGAUGAUCCAAUUGUUGUUAAGUGUGUGCCACCAGCAGAUCCCUGGGCAUAAAUUACUUAUCCCUAGCAUACCAAACUGCAAUUGUUCAAUAAAGCUUUUAGAGUACUUUCACUAGA